AUGGGGCACUCCUCGAAGUUUAUUUUCCCGCUCCCCGGCCGUAGAACGAAGGUAGCACCUCCCGCACCGGCAACAGGUCCCUUGACCACCAAGGCGCAGAAGAUACUCGGGACUGCAGAGCUCAGCCUCGACUCACGGCCGUCACAGGUGUGGGGAACCCAGUCGAACUCGGGAAUCAGCAUCGCAGUGACAGAGACGACGAAUGGAGAGGGCGCAGAUGACACGGCUCGCGACGAGUGGCCUGGCUCUAGGGCCCUGAGGGAUAGACGAUGGGAGCAAGAAUCGGAGAUCAUACCUGCAGCCUUGGGUCGUCAAUCGGCAAUGCUUGGGGGCUCCAUGGUCCCCGACGGCGCCACCGAUGCGUCAAGCCUCCGGCGGCGGCAGUCGAGCUCCACCAUCACAUCCUACUACGACAAGACUCAGCUACCCCUUUCGAUAUCGCAGCAAACCUCGAACUCGGCCAUGGCCAAAGGGCUCCCACCAAAGGCCAUGGCGUUGCUAGACAUGGACGGCGAUUUCACGGAUCCGACGCAGGCCAAAAAGGCUCGGAAAAAGCCCUCCAGGCUUGACCUCUCCGCUUUGCUCCGGGGACACAGGUCCCCAAAGCAUCUCCACCCAGACACUCUCAAAGCCCACCACGUUGGGCUCGAACUGUCGACCCCGUCUUCCACACUGUCAACGGCCCCGACCCCCCCGCCGGUACAACAGCGAGUGGACCGGUCCCUAAGAAAACAAACUACAAGAGAGUCGCUGCGGGAGAGCCCGGCCCAGCAAGCACCGUCUUAUGACUUGGUGGGCCAACUGGGCAGCGGCAAGGAACAAACCAAGGCCAGCAUGGAUUUGUACAACCUCUAUGACCACUACGAGCAGAGGACUUUUGCGGAUGCCAUGGACCAGGAGCUGCAUGGCUGCACCUACCACCUUGAGCCGCCGUUAGACCGACAGGCUCCCUCUUACCCCAUACCACCCGCCGAACCGUCAGGGAAAGCCCUUCUCUCACCUUUUCCGCCCACUGGGUUGCGGCCCGCUCAAGCCGCCAAACCUCCGCCGCUCACCACUGCGGAGUUGAAGCUGGCAGGUAUCGGGAACCCCCCUAGCCCCGUGCCAGCCGACUGCGCGAGCGUCUCGAGCCGCCAUACCAGGACGUCAAAAGCAUCGAAGCGGACGGAUCGCAGUCUCCAAGAGAUCGACCUCCUGCAGAACAGCGUCCUCGCGCUCUCAUCUGACUCAGAGGAUGAUUACGAACCCUCGUCUAAGGGAUCCCUUGCUGUCCCGACACUGAGCGAUGGGCAAACGAGUCCGACAAGCCCUCGGUCGCCGGUAUCGCAGAUAAGUGCAUACGACGGGAACCGAGGGAAGCCUGUGAGGCACGCCAACCUCACACCAAGCCCCCAAACUUUCCCCAGUAGCCAAGGAUCCACAGCACCCAAAGGCCCAAAGAUUAGCCCGCGAAGCAGCUCCCUAAACUCCAAGGCAUCCUCCGGUCACGGGUUGGCCCUCGAGACGUCAAGGCUCUCGACUGGCACCACUUCCACCGACCGAACAGUUUCGAAUGUGCGAACCCCGGGCUCAGGCCCUGGGGUAGCCCCGACGAAGGCACUCAAGAAGGUGCGGAGCGAGUCCCAAUUUGACUUCCCUGCGCCACCCACCCGCCGGGGUUCCCGAUCAACAUCCGUAUCUCGGGUCUCGGAACAAUCCCAUCCCACCUCCCCUACCAGCGUGGACCUGUACUUGCAGAGCCACCGCUCCCCCCUCGCACCCGACGACGGCUCGAUCCGCAGUGGCGCGAGCUUGAGCAGCGCAGCGAAUGGGCGUCGCAACAGCGCGGCCAGCAGCAUCCACGACAGCAACAGUGGGAGGUUUAUGGCGGUAACAAGGCAGGAGGAGAUGCUUCUGGCGGCACUGAGGAUGAAGCGUGCGCGGAUGCGGGAGGAUAUCAUUGCCGAAUUUGAGGAUGACAUGGACCGGGACGAGCAUCACGACCUCAGGCGGGAGGUAACCAACGACAGCAUCGGCACCAGUGGCAGCAUGACGAGGCAGUCUUCGCGGAGCACCAUACGCCAGGAGCCGGGUGCGCUGAGCGCACGCCCACGACCACCCCCGGGCGAGAUGAAAGCUACCGAGAAGCCGACGAGGGGGGAUCCGCUGAGGAUCACGAUAGACCGGUCGCCGUACGACGCCUCGCUUCGUACGCCGGCUUCGGAGAUUAGCGAUUUCAUUCACUUCGACGGAAGCCGCAGCCCGCAAAGUGCCGGCGGGCUGGAGCGGAAAGACAGCAGAGCGAGUUCGAUCAGCAGCCAAAGGUCCGCCUCAGUGAGGCAGAGAGCUUCGCUGACUGCCACGACAGCACCCGCGCCGCGAAGGUCGCAACGGAGCGGUAGCACGUCACGGAGGAAUUCCGGGCAGUUCAGCCCAAAUGGGCAAAACGACUUGCCGCACCAAAUUCUGGAGGACCCGGCAGAGGACGACGACGCCGGGAUUCCACGGCCCGACUCGCCCAUCUCGCCGUCCGAUUUCCCAACGCCGUUGUCCAUCAAGCACAACAAGCAGGUGCGGUUGAGCGCCGUCGGCUUCUACAAGCCGAGCACCGAGACCAGGUGGUGA